AGUAAUUCUAACUCUUUUAAGCCAACAUGAACCAUCUACAUAUACCGCUAAAAACGAACCAUCAAGUUCAUUCUCAUUCUAUCAUCUCUCAACUGUCAUAUAUUCCGGAGAUUAUAUACCAAAUCAGAGGUCGAUAUGGGUGCUGAACCUGAAGAGCUUCACGUAGUUCUCUUCCCAUUCAUGGCACAUGGCCAUAUGAUUCCAACCCUUGAUAUAGCAAGACUCUUUGCAGCUCGUGAUGGUGUGAAGGCAACCAUUAUAACUACCCCUCUCAAUGUUGCCGUCUUCACCAAGGCCAUAGGUAGCAGAGAGAAAAUCGAAGCCCCAACUGUUAACAUUGAAGCCUUCAGGUUUCCGGCUCAGGAAGCUGGCCUACCUGAAGGGAUGGAAAACUUGGAGCAAGUAUUAGGUUCUGAAUUAAUGAGCAACUUCUUCAAAGCUACAGAGAUGCUAAGAGAGCAACUCGAGCAGUACUUGGAGAAAUUCCGACCUAACUGCCUUGUGUCUGACAUGUUCUUCACAUGGACAACUGACCUUGCAGCUAGGUUUAACAUCCCGAGGCUAGUCUUCCACGGGACUUCCUCCUUUUCCCUCUGUGCUCAAGAAGUUAUUAGGCUACAUGAACCCUUUAACAACGUGUCCUCUGACGAAGAAACAUUUGUUCUUCCCAAUUUUCCCCAUGAGAUACAGAUGACAAGAUUACAGAUCUCAGAGGAAUUAAGGAGCAGUGAGGAUUCAGAAUACAAAAGGAGGACAGCUAAUUUCAAGGAAUCAGAGCUCGAGAGUUAUGGGGUGAUUGUUAACAGCUUUUAUGAAUUGGAACCAGAUUAUGCAGACUUUUUCAGAAUAGAAUUGGGAAGAAGGGCAUGGAAUAUAGGCCCUGUUUCACUGAGCAAUAGAAGCAUAGAGGAUAAGGUUCAGAGAGGCAAGCAGGCUUCGAUCGAUGAACAUGAAUGCUUGAAAUGGCUUGACUCAAAGAAGCCUGAUUCGGUUAUUUACAUCUGUUUCGGAAGCACGGCAAGCUUCAUAGUUCCUCAACUGCAUAAGAUUGCAAUGGCCGUAGAAGCCUCAGGACAAGAAUUCAUAUGGGUCAUAAGGAAUUACAGCGGAAAAUUUGAAGAGUGGUUGCCAGCAGGACUCGAGCAACGGAUAGCAGGGAAGGGCUUGAUUAUAAAGGGGUGGGCUCCCCAGGUGUUAAUUUUGGAGCAUGAAGCCAUUGGAGGUUUUGUAACUCACUGUGGAUGGAAUUCAACACUAGAAGGGAUCUCAGCUGGCGUGCCAAUGGUUACCUGGCCUAUUUUCGCCGAGCAAUUCUAUAAUGAAAAAUUGGUGACUCAUGUUUUAAAGACUGGCGUCUCUGUAGGAGCUAAGAAGUGGAGUAGGACACCUUCACUAGAAUAUCUCAUCAAGCAGGAAGCUAUAGAGAAAGCAUUGACAGAAAUCAUGGUGGGAAAAGAGGCAGAAGAGAGGAGAACCAGAGCAAAGAAGUUGAAGGAAAUGGCACAGAAGUCUGUUGAAGAAGGCGGCUCAUCAUACUUGGACUUAAGUGCAUUGAUAAAUGAGCUAAGAGAUUAUCACCUCCAGACUCCAGACAACAGAUAAAUAAAGUUUGAAUUUUCAUCCUGUGUUUGGAUUCUUUUACCUUCUUCACUGAACUCUUUUUGUAUUUUUAGGCCAUGCAAGUUUCAAGAUAACAGUCUUUACAUGCUUA